GUAAUCCAUUGGCAGUGCAAUCGAUGAAUUUUCCGCUGUUUGUUCCAACCUAUAAGCUUAAUGGCCGAAUUUAUAGACGAAAUUUUCAGUCUUCUCGACGAAACGAAUCUGAGGUAAAAUUUGGAACCGGUGAUACGGCAGAUUUAUACGACUCGUCUAAAACAGAUGGUUCGUUAUGCAGCCACUUCUCUGUGAAUUGCGACGAAUUUUUAGAGGAAUUAUUUGGUAGUUCGGACGAAAUGCAAUCAACAGCCACAACAACAUCAGCGAAUGAGUCAAGUGAUGUACUGACCACUGAUAUGGAAGAAGCUAGUGAGAGCGAAUUGCCGAGCAGCGAAAAAUUUGUUGUGCAUUACAACAGUAAAUCAAAAAAAUGGUCAGCUAAGAUAAAAAUACCGGCUCUAUUACGUCGAUUUGUAAUUGGUCCUCAAGGUUCAGUAAAAAGAAAGAUUCAGGACGAAACCAACUGUCGCCUUGUGUUCCCCAGUAAGCGUAAAAGAAAAAGCCCAAUAGAGAUACUGUCAACAACGUCGGAGGAGAGUGUGAUGCGUUGUCGUGAUAGAAUCGAAUUGCUGUUAUUGGAAGUGCGCAAUCGUGUCGCUUUUACACAUUUUGUCUCCAUUCCGAUGAUCCAUGAAAAUAUAAGAAAAAAAUUUGAAGAAUUCUCCCAAGCUGUGCAACAGGAUGAUGAAUUACCGGAUUCUUGCCGAUUUGCUGCACUUUUCCAGCAACCAGGCAAAUUGCAUCUCACCCUGACAAUGCUGUCACUGCUGGAUGAAGAUGAGGAAACAACAGCAUCAAAUUCGCUCAAAGCAGCGAUAAGUGAUAGUGUCAGGUAA